CACACACACACACACACACAAAUACUCGAGCGCGCACCUCUCCGCUCCAUAGACUCGAUGUAAACACCGGGCGCGACGCGUGCGCUUUGUCUCUGAGCUCGGACCCCGCCAUGCCAUGGAUGCUUUAUGGCAAUAUCAGUUUAGGAUCAUUUUACUCGGGGACUCGACGGUGGGGAAAUCAUCUCUGCUCAAAAGAUUCACGGACGGCAUAUACAGCGAUGUAGCGGACCCGACGGUCGGGGUGGAUUUUUACGCCCGAUCACUAGACAUUGAACCGGGCGUAAAAAUCAAACUACAGCUAUGGGAUACAGCGGGCCAGGAAAGAUUCAGGUCCAUAACCACUUCGUACUAUCGCAACUCGGUGGGCGGUCUCCUGGUCUUCGACCUGACCAAUAGGAAGACCUUCGAUCACGUGCGGGAAUGGCACAGAGAAGUCAGCGAGCACAUCCUGCCUCAUCACAUGGUCUACAUCCUGAUCGGCCACAAGAGCGACCUGAGCCGCGACCGCAAAGUUUCGCGCGACGAGGCGGAGCAGCUGGCGGCCGAGCUCGGCGUCCGCUACGUGGAAACUUCGGCCAAGUGCAACAGCAAUGUGGAAAGAGCUUUCGAGCUGCUCACACGGGACGUCUAUGAGCUGAUGAAGAUGGGCGAGAUCUCCACCCGUGACGGAUGGGACGGAGUGAAAAGUGGCCUCACCGCUAAAGUUCUGUAUCCGGCUGAGGAGGUGGCAGAGCGUGAAAAGAGCUGUAACUGCUGACUCCCAAAAUACCCCUGUAAUCUCUCACCUGUGUAUUGCUCACCUCUGUGUUGCAUCAUGAACACUGUCUGGUCUCUGCUCACCAUCACGCUUGUUGUCGCUUUCGGUGAAUGAUGGUGCAGUUCUCUGAAUGCAGGUCACUUAAAAAUGCCUCAUUUUGAUGUGAUGAGCACAUACAUGAGUGUAGUAUGUCUGGGCUUAAAAGGAUAGGCCCUGCUUUAUUAGAGACCGACUCUGAAAAAACAAGGGGUGUAAAAAGCUUGCUGCGAUCUUGUGAACAUUGAUGUACGGUUAAACAUUUUUAUAUGUCUGUGCUUCCAGCUCUGUGUCUCAUCCCAUCACUUGAACUUUAUACAGAUUAUUGGGUUAGUUUCUUCCCUGUUUAUGAUGGUUGUGGCAUUUUCACCUUUAACAUCCAAAAAUUUCCUGUUGAGACAAGAAGUUGGGAAGAGACAUACAGAAGGAUUUGUUGUAAUUAUAGCUUUUAGAUUAUAGCAUAUUAGCAGGUGGGGACAUUGUUAUAGUAAAGAGAAUUUUAUUGGACAAUUCAUUAGAAACUAAAUUGUACAUAUAUUCAUCCAAACAAGACAAAUCAUCAAUAUUUUGGUUUAUUUGGGCAGAAUAAAGUGUGUACAUUUUAAAUGCUUAUGGUUUUGUAAAGUUUUAGUAUAGCAUAGAGUUUAUGAAAUGCAGACUAUGAAAACAAUUUUGAUUUGGACUUUUUUUUAAAAGGGAAGCCAAAAUUUGAUUCUUAACAUAUUAAUAGGUCUGCAAAUGUAAUGUAGCACAAUAUUCACACAAUGAGCAAAUUUCCAGGCAUCAUAGCUUCUGCUGCUUUUGACACAACAGCAUGGAGAAGAAAAAAAAAAUCAUUCAAUCAUUUAAAAAUUCUAUUUAACACAAAAAAUUUGGCACCCAUAGUUUAUUAUUAGAGUAACUUAUAAUGUGUUUUAUUCAGUUCCAUCAAGGGCUCAUGGUUUGGGUGGUAAGCAGUCCACACCAUCCUGUGUCCUUUUACAUGAUCAGGGUGUGGUUGGCCGAGCUUCUCGCUGACCAGAAACUGCUGCGUAAACAAUGUCAAUAAGUUUCUCUAGAUAUAGACUUUCUGACAGAAGGUUCCUGCCUAUACAGCAGAUAGUGAAGCAGCUGGUUUAUACUCAAAACACACCUAGCUGACUCUCAGAUCUGGGAGAAUACGUCUAACACAAUAUUUAUUUUUUAAAGUGAAAGUGAACCCCUGGUUCUUCACCCAUUUUAAUGUGGAAGCGCACAAUGAGAAACAAUCUUAUUGUUAAAAUGUUUUUAUGUCAGAUUUUAACACACUUGCAUGGAUAUAAGAUUUUAAAUAUUCCAUUUUCGAGCAUUUAUUUAUUGUACUAAAGAUAUACAAUACAAUACUGUCAGGUACAAGUCUGAGACUCCACUGUAUGGGUUCAUAUUCAAAUGUAAAUCGGGAAAUAAACAAGGAAAAAAAUAAGAAAGAUUUAAAGAUUCUGCACUUUAUCUUGAUCACUAUAUCCAAUGAGCAGAAUUGUGACAUUAACCACUUUCUUUGUACACAAAGUCAGAUUUUCUUAAUAACAUGUAUCAUCAGGAUUUGCACAAAUUUCAAGCCAGUUUAAGUGCAUACUUUCAUUAAGGCAAAAUUGGGGCAUGCUUUAAAAUUCUGACAUUUUCUAUUUUCCAGUGGAUGUAAACAGUGAUGUCACAAUGCAAAAAAGUGACAUCUUAUGAUUGUAAUAAUCAUCGAAAUGUGGUUUGGAACGCUUUUGUGUAAGUUUUAAGGAUUUAUGAAAUCUGCCAUGACUCAUCAUCCAACUUCUCUCAGCUCAUAUGUUCGAUAAAAUGCAAUAACUCUAGCUCUGGAAAUCACAUCUUAUUUACAAUCAGUGCAGAAAAUGUAACAGAUCACUUUGCAGUAGGACAAUCAUAUUUUAAUCAUUUAGUGUACAGAUGAAAAACCAUUAGAUAAAUGUCAAUAAACUUAAGAAACAAGUAGUAGGGUUCGAUUUAAUCUAUAGUAAAAUUCCAAAUUUGCGAUUCAACAAAUGCCAGAAACUCAUAGCAUCUUCAGAUAUCUCAUCCAUUAAAUACAUUUUUCAUACAAUCUUAUUUUGAUAUGGUCGUGCCAAAUACAUUUUACAAAUAUACGAUUGACCUUCUGUAGUGGCCAGAAAAUGGCUUUUUAAAAAUAAAAAUUGUUAUUUGUGCAGGAAAAAACACAGCAAAGAUGUUAAUUAGCUAGUGUAAAUGAAAUAGAUACUGUGUAUUUUAAAAAAAAUAUUUCAACAGAACAUCAUGGUUUUUAUUAGGAACCCACUGUUAACACUGUCACAUAAAUAAAAGUUUCAAAUGUUGUGCUUCAUAGAUCUAGAUUGGCAAAGAAAAAUCACACAAAUUAUGUCAAACAAACUGUAAAUAAAUGCUCAUGCCAAUGUUAAUAAUGCACAUCAUGCUUUGUCAAUAUAUUUGCAUUGUGAUUUGGUAUAUGUCAUACAAAACAUCAGUUAUGUUUUAAAUGAAAUUACAUGUAAAUAAAAUAAUCUGUGUUGUUUUCAUAA